AUGCGGGGAAAAAGCCUGGCCAAAAGUCUCGCAUUCGUGGAACCGGGGCCAUCGCAUCAUCAAGAAAUGAUGACAGCUACGCAGAUAGGCGUCCGUACGUGGAGACUGCAAGUGUCGCAAAUGAGCAGCGAUACCACCUUAAAUGGCUGGACGAGACGACGCAUAGUAUGCUAUGGUUGCGGAGGAAAACUUCGACCUUCUGAUUCGAGUGUGCCCCCUCCUCCAUUUGACGUGGUAGUGUCAACUAAAGAGUAUCGUUCUUGGUAUGACAAGUCAACAGGAACAACAAAAAUUACGAAGAAACCGGAGGCCACCCACUACCACCUAAAUCCAGUUUGUCUCGGGGCAAAAAAUGUCCACUUC